AUGGCAUAUAAUUUAAAUCAACGUCCUGAUAUCAAAGUAGGUCUCAGGUUGAAUGAUGAUUAUGCAAAUACCUUAUUACCACGAAUAAAAGAGUUAUUGCGUCAUAAAAACCAAGGAUUUCCCGGAUCUCGACCUGUUGAAUUCGAAUCAAAACAUAUUGAAUUGCUAGAAAAAGAAGAUUAUUUUGUAAGAGAUAAAACUGACGGGAAACGAUAUAUCUUGUUUUUCACGGCCGUCGAUGGUGGCACAGCAUUCAUGAUGGACGAAUCAUGUAAAUUUCGAAUAUUAACUGGAUUCAAGUUACCAUUACGUUCUAAUCAUAGUUUUAUCCAUAACGAAACAAUGAUGGAUGGUGAGAUGGUCAUGGACACGGAAAAUAAACAAUGUUUACGAUAUUUAAUAUUCGAUCUGAUGGUUUGUAAUGGAAGUAUUCUUAUAGAAAGACCAUAUAGCAAACGAAUGGGAUACACGGUCGAUUUCAUGAUUAAAGUACUAUAUUUCAAAGAAGAUAAGAAACCUAUAUAUCAUUUGUUGACAUUUGAUGAUAGGAAUCAUAAGUUUUAUGAUCAAUUAACAUUAACUCCAGAAUCAAAUAUUGCUAUUCAAUGGCAAGGUAAUCCCCCGGACGGUAAAAUUGCCACAUUCUGGUAUGACAAACAUGAAGGAGUCCCACCGUACUCACGUGAUGGUGGAUGGAGGUUUUUAAGAUUUGCGCAUGAAAAACAUGUAGCUGAUCAUGAAAGUAUAGUGGAACAUGUCCGGAAAAGAAUACAAAACGCUGUAUCGCGAGACAUGUUAGAAAAACGAACAUCUAUUAUAAGAGAGAAUUGGAAACGAAGGCAAUCUAUACAACUUGAUGCUCAACCAUUGACAUCACCAACACUUCAAGUACAAGCACAGUCAAUAAAUCAUGUAGAAUUAGAAAAACGAUUAGUUGAUAUUCAGGAUCCUUCUAAGAAUAUAGGAAAAGCACUAGAGGAAAUUAGUGAAGUAACUAUAAAAUCGGAACCUUCUCCUAUAACAUCACCGAUACUUGUUCAUUCGAAGGGUCUUGAAUUAAUGAGAAGAAACGAUAUAAUAAAUCAUGAAUCUAAAAUAUUAGAUCAAAGUGAUGAAGAAUCAUCAAAUGAUGAUUCUGAUAUUAAGUCAAAUGAUAAAGAAAACGAAAGCGAACAGGUGUUAUCUGAUGACGAUAUAGAACAGACGUCAUCUGAUAACGAUUUAAGUUCGAAAGAACAAUUUCGGAUGACAACUUCAAAAACUUUUUCAACAAUAACAGUGGAUGGUGAAUCAAUUGAAUCAAAUGGUGUUAUGAGUGAACAAAUUUAUAGUCAUCAAGAAAAAUCUUCUAGUGAAGAUGCGAAUCCUUGGGACCAACCAGAAUUGCAUGAAAGCACAAUGUUAAAUAGCUAUCAAGAAUAUCCAGUAACUACUGAUAAAGAUGAGGAUGGGGAGGAGAAACAUGAAAGAUUUACUACGAGCAAUCUUAAUAACUCAAAUCUUCCACAAGUGCUUAGACCUAUACCUAGACGGCAUACGUUAUCUGGUAUAAAUAAUCCUUCAUAUCAACAGAAUGUUCCUAAUACAUAUACACGUCAAAGGCAGUUGUCUGUAACAGGUUUCUCUUAUCCACCACCAAGACCAGAAUCAAUAAUUUCUUCCGCAUCACCAUCUAUACAUGACUUGCCUUUACAAUCUCCGAUAUCAACCAUUCCACAGAGAUUUUCGCAAAUCCCCGAAGUAUAUGGUAAUAAUACAAGGUUUAUCAAUUUUACACACAAUGCACCAUUACAAUCAUUUAAUCACCAACAUCGAUCACUUCAAGUUAUUCAACAAAUACCACAACAAUCACCUGUCUUAAGACCCACACCUCAAAAACAAAAUAAUAAUGCUGAAUAUGCUUCUCAAGAAAUACAUAGAUUAUAUUAUAUAGAAAACUUAAGCUGCACUAAAAGAAGAAAAAAUCAGCAACAACAAAAGUCAGAUAAUGAGGUUAAGAGUUAUAAUUGGUAUAAUAAAAUCCCAGAUGCUCUUGAAAGUCUAAUGUUAGAUAUUAAAAAAGAAAAAACAAAUAGUGAG